AUGUACCUUCAUCAACGACCACCCUCCAUUGAUUCGAAUACUCCUCUCAGUCCCAAUUUUUCUAACAUGUCACCGAGUGUACCAAGAACAUUAGACAAGGUGCAUACUAUGAGCGGCUGUUGGAAUAAUAAUAUUUUUUAUCCAUGCACAAUGAAAAUAUUCGACAAUUCGUGUGUUAUUGACAAAAUCAGAGUGAUCAAUAAUGUUGACGUAGAUGAAUGGAAGGAAGUGGUUGCUACUUUAUUAAAUCACAACCACUCAAACUGGAAUAUUGCUGAACGGUCAAAUAACAAGAUGGUUCUUACAAAAACUAUUGAAGAAAUCCCUUUUGAAAUCGUCAUUAAUCAAUCCAGCUACACAAUGGGAGAGCUGAGAUAUGAAAAGAAUGGCCUUAAAAUGUUCAUAGAUUUUGUGUUAUUCUACAAAUUCAGUUAA